AUGGAUGGCGAGACUAUUAAUAAUAAUGUGGUCACUAUCUACAAACUUAUUUUAUUUGUCCUCGGAAUUACGGGAAACUUACUGUUUAUACAUUUGAUCUACAAAAAACGCCGACUGCGUACCAGAUCUUCUCUUCUCCAAUGUGCUCAAUGUGCAUUUCAUAUUGUCUGUCUGUUUGGAACCGUACUAGGCGGAUUUAUGAUGGAUCCAUCCACACGUACAAGACAAAACUGUUUUGUUCAUAUUUCAUUCUAUAUAUUUUGUCAAGCAGCACAAGUCUUGAUUAUGUUGAUUAUAAUGGCUGAUAUUUUAGUUUCCGUCAAGUUUGCCAUUUUCUAUCAUAAUCUCAGUACUUGGAAGUAUACGCUAUCAGUAUCUAUUCCUGUUUUGAUCUACUCUUCAUUUGUUGUGUUCUACGGAUACUUGACAACAAACGAAGAGCCCAUUCAGGCCUGUAAUCCACUAUUUGCAUUCAGUUUUCCAGCAAGUUUGCUGCAUAAAUGUCAAAUACUAUUCCUUUGUUUUGUUACCACUGCUAUUUAUAUAAUCCUCAUCAAAAUGUUCCAUAAGAUGGAGAGAUCUCAAAAUGAUGAUUCUUUGAAAAUCAUGAAGCGACUUCAAUUUUCGGUAAUUAUUUUCAUAUUCACCUGGCUCGUCAGCCAAGUUGUCGCAAUAAUAUUUCUUCGAGAUGGUGCAAUGGUGAAAACGGAGAGAAUGAUAUUUGCACAUAAUUCAGUUUUCAUUGCUCUUUCCUAUAGCAACACUUUUUAUGUAACGAUGUGGAAAAGUGAAGAGUAUCGGAAACAGUUUUUGAAUGUUUGGAGAUCGAAGAAAACUGUGCCAACCCAAAGACCUAAUACCCUACCUUCCGUAUAG